AUGUGGCAUAAGGUUGAGGAAAGCUUCAGCCUGAAGCCGAAAGUGACGGUUCUCGAAGCUGAACUACAAAGUUACUUGGAAGCAAUCAAUGAUGUACGUGAGGUCGACGGGCUGAACCUUCCGAAAUUCACUGUUGCAUCGGGGAAACAGAGGUUGAGACUUAAAAAAGCAAUCUCCCCUUCUACCGCCUACGAGGAUGCGCUGUAUAAUAUGACAUGCGCUGAGAUAGAUGCUUCAUCAAUAGACCCAGUGGUUGAAGGGGAGUACACUAUUAUUUACGCUGUCAAAGACGACAAAAUUCCCCCAACACCCGAGGAAGCCGUCAACUUCUGGAAAACUGGAUAUGAUAAGCUUGGCCCUGGCGUCCCGCCAGCCUUCUCACUCAAGGGCGACAUGCGUGAUGAAGCGGUUGAUGGGGGAAUCUACUACAACAGCGCAGUGGCUGGUUUUGCGUCUCUUAUGGUUGAUACCGGCCGCACGAUAAGGUGCUAUAGUGCUACUGGCUGCGGAAAGGCCGCUCUUAUCUGUUUCCUUUCAGAGCCGACCUUGGUGGAAGGGAAAAAGCCCAUCAGUGAUGAUACAUGGGAAAAGAUUGUGGCGCUCGCUAACAAGAUCCAGGUUGCAAAACGCGAGGAAAAGGAUAACUGCCUCAAAGAAAUCAAUGAGUUUCGCACACAAGAUAGUCUCGGCCUGAGCGCUUUCGUUGCUAAGACACCGACGUCAACAGAUGCGACAGACGAAGAGGUCGCCAAAUACGAUGCCGAGGAGCUUGCCAAGGUGGUCACGUGCGACGGCCUCAAGGCUGGAAAUGCUUCCAUCCUGAUUUCCAGCAAUAAACGCAGCGUGAUGUACUACUCUGGCUCUAGCUCCACGUGCGCUAACGCCGUUACCGAAUGGAAGAAAGGCUAUGAAAAGUUCAAAGACGUCGCAUUUCCUCCAAAAUAUACUUCAAGCGAAGACAUAUAUAAGACGGGAGCAGCAACGAACUUCAUCUCGCUAGUCAGCGAGGGAGAGGAGACAGUAGCCCGGUGCUACACUGUGACGAACUGCAGCGAGGAAGGUUUGGUUUGCGUGUUGGAGCCUGCCGUCUUCGAGGAAGGAAAAUUGCCUAUCAAGGUCGUCACCUGGAAGAAGGUAACUAAGACCUUGGGUAAUGGAGUUAGCGCUCCGUCCGUCCAUGGUAUUCUUCUAAGCAGCAUGUUAGUUGUUGUCGGUCUGUUUGCACUCAACCUCUAA